AUGCCAAUGUGUCAAAUUAAUUAACAGCUGAUUGGUCUGAUUUAAAUUAUAAAUAGUAAAUACUGUUUGUAGUUUUAUUCGUAUAAUUGCAUAUUCAAUUAAUAAUAUGGCAAAUUACUUAUCUAUAACAGACAUUCUAGUUACGAACGAAAAAGUUCCCUGUAAAUUUCUGCAUGAUUUACCAAAAAUGGGAUUUAUGGACCCUUCUGCCACCGAAGACGAUUUAAAAGCUGGAACUAAUGUCGAAAUUCCGAUAUGGCUUGCGGAGUCUUUGCAUGCGAGAAGACCACCACUUGUCAGUGUGGAGCUACCUAAAAUCUACAAAGAGACGUACAGGGAAAUAUUAAAUGCCGAUGCUUGUACAGUAGAUAUGCAUAAACUGGGACAAUAUUUCUAUGAACUUGGAUGUUACAUAGCUAAAUAUGAUAUCAAGGGAGAAGUCGCAACAACUCUAAUGGACACAUUCAAACAAAGAUUUAGGAUGAUUUUAUCAGCUAGUGUAUCAACUGAUUCAAUAACAGCACUGCAGCCAUUAUCAACCAGUGAAAGAGAUCGUACUGCUGGUGCCGUCGUCACUGAAAAGGCACUCUCCGGAUGGCUGAAGAGAGGAGACUGUCCCUUGACGACAGCAACAAUGGUGGCCAAUCAUCGGAAAAGAAAAAGGGCAGAAAUGGAAAUGUUAUAGCUUUUGUUACAAUUCUACUAUUUUACAUUAAAUAUUACUGAAAGAAAUGUUAAGAAUAAAUCAUUACUAAAAAACA